AUGGAGUACGGUAGGCUCGGAUAUCCCGAGCCUGGCAGCCUCGGCUCCUCAUUCCGCAGCGAAGCUCCCACCCCUCCCAACCGGACCAAAAUCAAGUCACUCCUCAUCCUCGCCGCCCUUCUGAUCGCCGCCGCCGCCUGCGCCGCCGCCGUUGCAGUGUCCAUUCGCAGCCGCGACGGUUCCUCCGGAGCGCCGCGCCUCCACGGCCUCCGCCCAUCCGAGGCAGUCUCCCGAGCCUGCGGCCUCACAUCGUACCCGAGCCUCUGCCUGAGCUCCCUCGCUGAAUUUCCCGGAGCCGCCGCCGCCUCCUCCCCGUUGGAAAUCGUCCACAUUUCGGUCAACCUGACGCUUCAGAAAUUCGGCGGCGCGCUUUACGCCGCAUCCGAGAUCAGCCACCUGGAGAUGGACCCUCGCGUCAGGUCGGCGUACGAGGCGUGCAUAGAGCUGCUGGACGACUCGGUGGAUCUUUUGUCGCGGUCGCUCGCCCACGUGGCGGGGGGAAGGGAUCAGGACGUGAUGACGUGGCUGAGCGCGUCGUUGACGAACCACGACACGUGUGAGGAGGGGUUCGAGGAGCUGGGCGGCGACGGCGGGGAAGUGAAGGGCAAGAUGUCGGCGCGGCUGAGGGACCUGUCGGAGCUCGUGAGCAACUGCCUCGCGAUUUACGCGCAAAUCGCUGGCGGGGGGGACUUCUCGGGGAUUCCGGUGAACAACAGGCGGAGGAGGCUGCUGUGGGGUGGGGAAGGGGCGGCGCGAGGGGGGUUCCCGUCGUGGGUGUCCCGGCGAGACAGGAGACUGCUGGACGCGCCGCCGGCGGCGAUCAGGGCCGACGUGGUCGUGUCGAAGGACGGCAACGGGACUUGCCGGACAGUGGAGGAGGCGAUCAAUCUGGCGCCGGAGAACAGCAACCGGCGGUUUAUUAUCUACGUGAGGACUGGAAGGUAUGAGGAGAAAAUACUGAAGGUAGGGAGAAAAAAGACCAACAUAAUGUUCAUUGGAGAUGGGAAGGGCAAGACGGUCAUUUCAGGUGGGAAGAGCGUCUACGAUAACAUGACCACGUUCCAUACCGCGUCAUUUGCUGCGACCGGCAACGGUCUCAUCUUGAAGGGCAUCACGUUCGAGAAUUGGGCCGGGGCACGAAAUCACCAGGCAGUAGCUCUGCGGGUCGGUUCUGACCAUGCCGUGGUCUACCAGUGCAACAUCAUCGGCUAUCAGGACACACUGUACGUCCACUCCCAGAGACAGUUCUACCGUGAGUGCGACAUUUACGGCACAGUUGACUUCAUAUUCGGCAAUGCAGCCGUCGUUUUCCAGAGCUGCAACAUCCACGCCCGAAAGCCACUGCCACUUCAGAAGAACACCAUCACGGCCCAGAACCGCAAAGACCCGAAUCAGAACACGGGCAUCUCGAUCCACAACUGCUCCCUUGUAGCCGAGCCCGACCUCAGGGCCAACAAGAGCGCCUACCCGACCUACUUGGGCCGACCGUGGAAGUUGUACUCCCGUACAGUCUACAUGAUGACGAACAUGGGUGACCAUAUUCAUCCGAGAGGGUGGCUCGAGUGGAAUCAGACGUUCGCGCUCGACACAUUGUACUAUGGGGAGUACAAGAAUUAUGGUCCGGGAGGGGCAAUCGGGCAACGCGUGAACUGGACGGGCUAUCACGUGAUCACGGCCGCGGCGGAGGCCAAUAAGUUCACGGUGGGCCAGUUUCUAUCGGGCUCGUCGUGGCUCCCCUCAACCGGGGUUGCAUACCAAGGCGGGUUGGGGAUAGCGAAUUGA